GAAGAGGAGCCGCAAGAACUGUUGGUCUUCGGAUAUAGCUGCAAGUUAUUUCGGGACGAUGAGAAAGCCAAAAUGGUUGAUCAGGGGAAGCAUUUGAUACCAUGGAUGGGCGAUAACGAAUUGAAGAUAGACAGAGGAACGAACUGAGAGAGUGAACGAGAAAGAGAGAUUGAGAGAAAGAGUCAGCGACCGAGCGACCCUCGUUUCGUGAAACAAGAGGAAACGAUAAAAAAAGUUUCUCAGAGACACGGUUAAUGUACGGUUAAGCAAUCUGGAGACUGUUUAAGGUUUCUGCAGGUGUCUCGACUGCGAUGGCGUUGUGCCGAAGCGCGAUAUGCGCUCUGCACGGGCGCGGAAUAAGGUGCUUUUGUGACACGGCGCUUACGGCUGUCCGUCCGGUGCAGCAGCAAGGUGAGACACAGCGUAGAGAGAAAAACAGCAGCUGAUGGUCGUAUGUGUUACGAUCGAUCAGUGCGGUAUGUAUUAGUGCGCUAAGGAAUAAAUGGCGGAACUAAUGCAUAAUGGGUUUUCCUUUGUACAACAUUCGUUGCCCCAUUUUCAGUUCAUACGAUUAUUUGUAAGACUUCAAAUUCUAUCCAACAUAUAAAAGUUUCAUCUAUCAUGCUCGAGAUAAAUAUAACUGUUACACGAUCGUAAAUCAUUUGAGUUUGGAUACAAAAGUAUUUCUAUGGUCCUCGAUGAUGCAGCCCUAUACUCGUUCAUGUACUCGCAACUGCGGAGUGUCUAGUUUCUAGAGUGCCGAUUGGUUUACAUCCGUCGAUUUGAAACAGCCUUUCUGCAAGCUGAAAACCUGAUGCUUUACGACUGUGAUGCAUAACGUCGGUGCAUCAAAAUGGUUAUAGAAAAAUAAUUCACAUUGAAUGAACACCUAUGUAUUUACUUUAUGCAAUUAUUGACAAAUAACGUUUUGGUUAUUGUGCACAAUUUUCAUUGCUUGGGAUUCCAGGCAAUGAAUGUAUUUUCCCUACCUUACAGGCAUCGCACUGGUGGUAUUUGCAUUUUAAUCGGUGAUAUUAUCUAACUUCCAGGUGCUGAAUGCUGCCAUUCUCCUUGUAUUUUUAAUUUUCUUCCUUCUCUAAUGCCAAACUUAUGUGUCUGUAGAUACGAUGGACGCGGGGCACUGGGGGAUUUGAGGAUAUACGAGCCACCUACAGGUGGUUUCGACCUGCGGACGAUUCUUACCGAGGAUGAACUCAAAGUCGAACAACUGUGUGAUGAGGAACGCUACAAAUCCCUCUAUAAUAACGAUGCAGAGGAAGCUAUAUGUCAUGAAGAGGAAAUGAAGAGAUUGCAUCAGGCCUUAGACUCGGAGAAUACAUACAGUCAAGUUGGGUACAAUUACCAAGAAGAAAACAGUCAAAAAGGUGAAGAAUCGCAAAGCCCAAAACAAUCGGAGGGUUCACAAGAAGAGGAAGACCAAGCAUUCGUCGUUCCUCCUGAACUGAACGUACCCGAAGGGAUGAUCCUGCCUGAAACGCAUAAACUUAACGCUAUCAUAACGAAAACGGCAUUAUUUAUAAGCCGCCAAGGAGGCCAGAUGGAGAUUCUGAUAAAAGCAAAACAAGCGAACAACCCCCAGUUUGCAUUCUUAUCGAUCGACGGCGAACUGCAUCCCUAUUACAGGCACGUACUCGAAGCCAUCAAGUCUGGGAAGUACAAUCCAGAGAAAAAACCAGAAAAGGAAGAAUCAGAUGACGGAGAGGAAUCCGAAGGAGAUGACGAACCUUACCUCCAUCCGAGCCUGGUAUCGUCCCUGACCAAAGUGGAAGCGGCGCCCAGCAUACCGAGCAUACAAUACAAGCCUUCGGCGGAUUGCGCCUACUCGAUGCUGGUGAAUAAAAUAACCGGCAAACCGCCUCCCUCGAGGAUGCCCCCUCAGUCGGACGUUCCGAUGCAGCCGUUGAUAACACCUGGCUACUACCACCCCGCUGCAGCACAGGCCUACAUGGCGUAUCCUCCUGCCCCGCAGCAGUACUCUCACGGGCCAGUAAUUUACGGACAAAACGGACAAACCCAAUCUCCACCCAAUCCGCAAAUGGCGUCCGCGCCGUCGUCGAGCGUCGAGGUUGUCGCGCCUCAUCUUCAACAGAAAGAAUUGCUGACCCCCCUCGUGCCUUACGGGACGUCUUACCAGAAACCUCUGAGCAGGCCUUCGUUCAUCGUGCCCCCGGCCGACGUGCAGAUCAUCAUCGACAAGAUGGCGAGCUACGUGGCGAAGAACGGCCGAGACUUCGAGGCCAUCGUCAAGAACAAGGGCGACCCUAGGUUCAACUUCCUCGAGCUGUCCCACCAAUAUCACGGGUAUUACGCGCACAAGCUGACGCUCUACGAGGGCGCGUUCAACGCGAAGGUCCUCACCGAGGAGGAGCUCCUGCAGAAGCAGGAGCCGCAAGAGGAGAAGCAGAAGAAGCUGGAGGAGCUGCACAAGAAGCAGCAGCGGAUGGAGGAGGUGCAGAAGAGGGUCAAGAUGAUUCAGGCCAAGAAGAAGGGCGACGCCAAAGGGAAGCAGCAGGGAGGCGGGAAACAGGUCACCACGGUGUCCUUCUCGAUCAAGAAGCCGAAGGAAGGGGAGGCCGGGGUCAUCGAGAAGCGCAGCGCGCUGCCCCUGGAGGAGAGCGAGGACGAGGGCGAGGAAGAAAAGAGGGAGGCCGGCUCGAAGCCGAACUCGCCCCCGGAGUGCCUCGAGGAGGCGCGAGAUUCCAGGGAGAAGGAGCCGCCCAGGACCGAGAGGCGCGCGAAAAUCGAGGAAAAGGAGCUGGUGGACCUUACGGAUGAUAUUCUAGAGGACUGGCAGAAGGAGGCGAGGAAUCGGCAGGCGGAGGACAGGAUUAAGGAUAAACUUGCGGCGGCCGCGCGCGACAAGAUGGCCGCCUCCGCGAGGGACAAGAUGGCCGCCGUCUCCAGGGAAAGGCAGCUCCAGCUCGAGAGGAAGAAGAAAGCUGCGAUGUUCCUCAGUCAGAUUCAGGCCCCGAAUUUGAACAAGAUACCGUCCUCGGGGUUGAAUCCGCGUCCUAGAGCCGAGGAGGAGGAGGACGAGGUGCAGUCCUUGCCCUCGCCGACGCCGGAAGAGAUCGAGGAGGAGGCCAGGGGUGGAUCCAAUUCCCUGAUGAGUCGGCUUAAGAGCGCGGACCUCAGCGGCAAGAGGUCCAGGCCCAGGUCCAGGAGCUCCAGCAGAAGUCGAAGCCAUUCCGACAGGCACAAGCAGCACAAGAAACACAAGAAGAAAAAGAGCGCCCAUAAGAGCUAUGAGAGCCCCAGCAGCAAUCGGCCGCACAAGUCGAAGAAGAGCAAGAAGUCCUCGUCGAGGCACAAGUCUCGAUCUAGAAGCCCUUUGCACCGACACAGACAGUCCUCGAAGCACUCGAGGAAGAGUAGCCAUUCCAGCGACUCGGGAUCGAGUUCGUCUUAAUGUAUACAACGAGUCACUCUGAUAUUGAGUAUGUAAAAUUGUACAUAUACCGUCGACCUGUCUUUUACCGCAGAUUAUAAAAUAUAGACACGCAAGCAUACACCCAGGAAUAAAUGGGAGGAGUUCUGUCUUCUGGAUAAUAAGGAGCGCCUCUAACAUGUUUCAGUGUACCCUGUAUUUUCAGUAUUAUAAAGAGAGACAAUAUUGCAGAAAUAUCUCACUUUUCGAAUUAUUCCGGACUCCUCUCGUUACGUCGCAUUUUUUUUUUUCUCUUCUGUGCACAAUUUGUAAGCGAAGUUUGUUGUAUGAAACGCAAAGCGAAACGACGUGCCUGGUGUUGUACGAGGUUAUGUAUGGACCAAUUAGGACUAUUUAUGAAUUAUGUGCCGAUUAUUGUUAAUUUAGGUGUAGUUCUCUUUUUAUAUACAGCGUAAGGAGUAAUAGAAGCGUUUGAAACGCUGAAAGGAAA